CAGUUACCCAGCCUCCAAGGGAAUUUAAUUUUAAAAGUACAAAACUACAUUGUGACUGCAGAAAAAUAAGAGAAGCUGGAGCAUCCUCACUCCUUGGAUGUUAAAAGAGGACUCCUAUUAUUGUCUCUGAUCACAGGUUUCAUGAAGACAAGAAUCACACACACAAUCAGCAAAUACAAUCUCGCAUUGUGCAAUAAAAACUCAGUUUCAAAAAGAAAUAAAAUCAGCAAAGAAAAUAUGCUUUGCCUAUGGUGCAAUUCCUGAUGCACAAACUUCCGAAGCAAAUAACUCCGCGAAAUUUACAGUUAGAAAAUUUCACAACAUCUUAAAUUGAAGCCACAGAUAGUUUGCAACUUUGCUUGUAUCAUAUAAAAAUUGACCCAAUUGAUAGAUCAUGAGAUAUUUUUACUUUUCUAAACCUAACUUUUUUUUGGUGAUAAGAGUCUGGAAAACCUUCAUGCCAGAUUCUUAUCUCACUGAUGCACAAGAUUUUGGUGCAAACAGUGACUUCAAAAGCCUUGCUUUUAAAUUCAGAUGAAUGAAUUUAUUUCUGCAACAAAAUAUUCUAUUCUGAAGAUUCUUGAAUAAUACCGCAGUUUGCAUUAAGUCAGUGCUGCACCUAUUGCGACGCUGAUGGAAGAUGCGUGCAAGGGGGUUUCAAAAAGUUUGCGCACUUUGCUCUAUCAUCACUUUUAACUCAGUCUUUUUGUUAGCAAUCUGUGCAAAGCAACAUACAUUAUUUUAGUAAUUUUAUACUUUAUUCAAGAUGAAAUCAUCUAUUAUCUCGAAAAAGAGAAGUGUGAGAUCACGCACAGUGCAUUUGUUUUUAUCUAUCUAGACGUGUUUCGGAUGCUGCUUAUCCGUACUGUAUUCUGAUUUUAAAAAGUAUGCUUCGCAAUUAAGAAAAUCUUUAUAGUACUGUGCUGAAAGAUGACGCUUCAUGUCCCGAACACUUCGUAAAAUCAAGGGCCAUUCCUAUACCUCAAAAAUGUCCUAGGUGCCUUUCUCGUGAGUUUUGGUUUCGCUAUUCAGUCUUUAUAAAAAAGAACGAAUCAUGGAAUUUGUUAUUCCACCGACAAUGCGAGCUGCUCAAGUUCUGGAGCAGGGAAAGCCAGUGCAGAUUGUGGAAGUGCCAGUGCCAGAGCCAGGAAACGGCGAGGUUUUGGUCAAGUUGACCCUGUCUGGCGUUUGCUACACGGAUGUACACGUGCGAGAUGGCGACUUGGCAUUUCCAGCUCAACUGCCGAUAACAAUCGGACAUGAAGGAGUUGGAAGGGUCUGCAAAAUUGGACCAGGGGUGAAACAGUUCAAAAUUGGAGACCGGGUUUGUUGCCCGUGUUUUGCUGGUUCUUGCGGACACUGUACAGACUGCUUGGAGGGUUGGGGAGUCGCUUGUACUCAACUCAAGCUCUCUGGUUUUAUGACACCAGGCACUCUUGCCGAAUACUACGUGGGCGAUGCAAAUUUCCUCGUCCUUGUGCCUGACGGAGUAAAAGACGAAUCAGCAGCGCCAAUUUGUUGCGCUGGAGUGACCGCAUACAAAGCAUUGAAACAAAGUGGCCUCAGGGCUGGGCAAACUGUAGUAAUUCUGGGGGCAGCAGGAGGCCUUGGAAAUUAUGCUGUUCAGUAUGCCCUUGCAAUGGGUCUGAAAGUGGUCGGCAUUGAUAAAGGAGCUGAAAAGAUUGAGUCUUUGAAGAAGUUUGAAGGGAUAACUGCAGUGGAUGUGGAAACUGAUGACUGCAGAGGAAAGGUUCUGUCGUUGACCGGUGGGCUCGGGGCUCACGCAGCAAUAGUUUUUGCAUCCACUGCAAAGGCAACUGAGAAUGCUCUGACUUUGGUCCGGACACGUGGCACAGUCAUUGUGGUCGGACUAGCACCUGACCCAAUCAAGGUUGACACUGUCACUCUAGCUCUUCGAAUGAUCACGAUCCGGGGAUCCCUAGUUGGCACCGUGACAGACCUUCGAGAGGCCAUGGAUUUCCUGGCCGAAGGAAAAAUCGCGAGUCGUCCGCAAAUCAGAAAGUUUGAGGAGGUCAAUUCAAUCUUGGAUGAACUCGCCGCGGGCAAAGCAAUCGGAAGGACCGUCGCCAUCAUUUCCCCGGACGAAAUUUCCUCUUGAAUUUUUUCUCAAUAAGAAAACGAAGAAUUUCUUUCAGUUCAAAAAUCCAAUUUCUACAGAAUGAUGUUAUGGAUCAGUUAUCAAUUUUUUUUGUACCUUCGAAAUAUCUAUAUGAGGGGCUACACGUUUCCGCGUGGACUUGUUUCGGCGCGGACUUGAAAUGAUCUAAACUAUAUACUGAACACCAGGGAUAUUUAAAAACAUUUUUCUCAUGUUCACUAGUUCCAAGAGUCUUGGCAGACCCCUUCUCAAUGUCAUCAGCACCAAUUUUUACACACUCCUCAGCCCUUUUGUUCCAUGAGUUGAAAGAGGCUUUCAAGCGUUCAAUUGUUAAAUUUUGAAGCUUUCCCGGAGAACAACAGCAACAAGCUGAUCCGCGCAGAACCGUGUAACCCCUCGUAUAUUAUAUUGCAUUGACCUUCCGACGCUUUUCUCACUCUGUCGACUGUUGCAAAAAUCUUAUUCUUCUGCAUAAAUAAAAUUACACCUUUUUGCUUCUUCCGGAAGUGCGAGUCACGCGUCCGGAUGCGACCCGAUCUGAGCACAGGAACCCCGUGAAACAUCAAAGGAUGCAGCCCGCGUUUCCAAGGCAGGAAAAGCGUGCUUUGGAUUUCGGACGUGUUGCCCCAACAGUUUCGUUGCAGCUGCUCUGGGGAACGGAUGCAAUGUGCCAUUCCUGUACUCACAAGUGACGAUUCGUCGAUCUUUCGCAAAUUUACCCAGUACUUUAUAUAUACAA